UGGGGGCCCGUUGGCCCAAGAAGCAACAUAUAGUUGCGCAAUAAACUUGGAAAAACUGCAGCAAAAGGGUGUGCUUUGUUGUUGUUGAACCUCAUUCCUGCAUCCUCUCCCCCCUUCUCUCUCUCUCUCUCUCUCUCUCUCUCUCUCUCUCUCUCUCUCUCUCUCUCUAACUUUCUCUCUCUGUGGCUUCUGGGCUCGCAGUGCCUUUGCUUUUGACUGAAGAUCUCCGACAACCUUCACUCUUUCAUGAACAGUGAUUUGUGAAAAUGGAGGGGAAGGAAGAUGUGUACUCGCCCGACGGAGUUCUUGAGGACUACUUCAGGACCGUGGAAUCCGAAACAGCAAGCUCAUCUGAAGCUGAAGUGGAACAAAAUCCGAAGCCCGCAGCUCGAUGGCGUGGUUUGGUUCAACUACUGAAAAGCAGAUCAAAAGGACCGUUAUCCACUCUGCAUCCCCUCAGUGUUUUGAAGCUGUCAAGGAGAAGUAGCAGUAGCUCGAGGGAACACAUCAGUGGCGCGACGAGUUCUCUCGGAGAUCCUGAUUUAGCUUAUACGAGUCCUCAGCUGAAGAACUUCACUAUCUCUGAACUCCAAUCUGCAACCAACUGUUUCAACCAUGAAAAUUUGAUUGGAAAGGGUGGUUAUGCUGAAGUUUACAAGGGAUGUCUGCGAGAUGGGCAGCUUGUAGCAAUUAAGCGGCUAACACGAGGACCGCCUGAGGAUAGAAUAGGAGACUUCUUAUCUGAGCUCGGGACUAUGGCUCAUGUCAACCACCCCAAUACAGCUAAAUUGAUCGGCUAUGGAGUUGAAGGAGGAACGUUUCUUGCUCUGGAGUUAUCUCCAAAUGGAAGCUUAGCUUCUCUGCUUCACAAGGGUUCAAAGCCAAGACUUGACUGGAGUAUAAGGUAUAAGGUAGCACUUGGAACGGCUGAAGGUCUGUUGUACCUUCACGAGGGUUGUCGAAGGAGAAUCAUUCACAGAGACAUCAAAUCCGCAAAUAUACUGCUUACUGAAAGCUUUGAGCCUCAGAUUUGUGACUUCGGGCUUGCAAAAUGGCUUCCAGAGCAAUGGACUCACCACACGGUGACAAAAUUCGAAGGCACAUUCGGCUAUCUUGCUCCUGAGUACUUAAUGCAUGGCAUUUUAGACGAAAAAACUGAUGUUUUUGCCUUUGGCGUGCUGCUGCUGGAAAUUAUUAGUGGGCGUCGAGCCCUGGACUAUUCAAGGCAAACCCUUGCCAUUUGGGCAAAGCCGUUGCUGAAGAAGAACAACAUCAGGGAGCUUGUCGAUCCUUCUCUUGGCGACAACUACAACUCGCUGCAGAUGAAACUCAUGGUCUUGACUGCAUUCUUAUGCACGCAACAAUCCUCGAUUCAACGGCCUCAGAUGAGACAGGUUGUGCAGCUUCUCAGAGGCAGCCAGGGCGGCCUGGAGGUGAUGAAAAAAUUCCAAAAGCCGUCGUUUUGGAAGAGGUAUUAUGUGGAGCUUUUCACUGCAGAAGAAGGCAAGGGAACAGGAGAAUUGUAACGGUGUUGAAUUGGCAGUAGCAGCUGCUGCCUUAUGAGGCCUGGAACAAAUGGUUCAGGAACUUCCAGAGGGGCUGAGCUUCAGUGAUGCAGGGGCAAAAGGGUAAAAGCAGCUGGGGGAAUGAAUAUUGCACUAAUCAAUUAAAGAGAACGAUUUUAUUCGGUAACAAAUUUAUUUGUCGUGUUUUUCUCUCUUUUUUAUUAGUAUUAUUUUGUAUUUUAUGGUUACGGAGUACAUAGAUUUUUAUUCUUCCAUAAAUAGUUCCUCAAAAAACAAAAUGUUAAAUUUGUGAAUAUAUGGAUUAUCAAUUGCUUUAAA